AUGGCCUCUAUUCGUGUUCUUUCCUUCGAUGCUGAGGGCCGUCCCGUGCAGUUCACUUCCUGGCUCGACGACCUGCAGUUGUACCUUAUGAGCAAUAGCACGGACCACAUCUCCCUCUAUGACUACGCGUCUGGUGCUGCCGCUGCUCCUGCUGCCACAGCCGAGCUUAGUGUUCGUUCCCACUGGCAGACUCGUGACGCAGCUGCUCGCCUAGCCAUUCGCAGUCACCUGCCGCUAGCUGAGCUCGAGCAUUUUGGCGACUGCAAAUCCGCUAAGGCCCUGUACGAUGCUGUCGUUGCUCGCUACUCCUCGCCUGCCACAGCCGAGCUUAGCCGCCUCAUGCUGCCGUACCUGUUCCCCGAUCUGUCCACCUUUGCUACAGUCGCCGAUCUUAUCACCCACCUUCGCACUAGUGAUGCUCGCCUGCGUGCCGCCCUUCCCACCGAGUUCUGCGCUAAGAACCCCCCUCCACUGUACUGGACACUCCACUUCAUAGUCACCCGUCUCCCUGACACCCUCAGCUCAGUUCGAGACCACUUCCUUGCUCGCUGUCCCACUGAGCUCACAGUCACCCUCCUAGAGGAGCAGCUGCUCGCGGCCGAAAAGAGCAUUGUAGCUGUCGGUGCUGCUCGUGGCGCUCCUCGCACCCCCAUCUUUGAGGGGUGUUCUCCCUCUCCCCUCGCUCCCUCCUACGCUGCUGCUGCUGCUGUUGACUUCCUUGGUGCUGAGUCUGUUGGCGCUGCUUCUGCUCCUGGUGGGAGGCGCCGCACCGGCAAGGGCAAGGGGGGCAAGGGUGGUGGUGGUGGCGCUGGGGGGGGAGGAGGUGGGGGAGGUGGGGGGGGAGGCGGUGCUGGAGGGAGCGGUGGCGGGAGCGCUGGUGGGAGUGGGGUCGGUGGUGGAGGCGGGGGCGGCGGCGGAAGCAGUGGCAGUAGUGGCGGCGGCGGCGGCGGCGGUGGCGGCGGCGGCGGUGGUGGCGGUGGUGGCGGUGGCGGUCGGAGCGGUGGUAGUGGUGGCGGCGGAGGUCGGAGUGGAGGCACUGGCUCGGGCCAGAGCUCCCAGCAGCAGCAGCGUCCCCAGACGACCCAGCAGCUUCGUGAGUGGCUUGCUCAGCGUGGGACGUCGGGGGGCAGUGGCCGCUGUUCUUAUGUCAUUCGCACAGGUGACCGCAAGGGACAGACGUGUGGGAGGUUCCACACCCCGUACCGCUGCUUCUCCCGCCUUGACGACGCUUGGCGUGAGGAGAUGGGUGCGGAUGUUGAGCGCCCCCGCUGGGCUGAGCUCAUGAGGGCUGGUGUUGAUGUCUUUGCACUUGACUUGGAUGCUAUUAUUGCUGCCAUGUAUGCAUUGACUGUUAGUGCCGAGGGAGACUGUUACUUGUGUGUGCCGCCUGACCCAGGUAUAGAGCCCGCUGCCCUGGGUACUAGUGAGUCUGCUCUCUCUGGUAUGGUGCCCCCUGUACUUGCUCCCUCCAGUGCUGUCCCGGCUGUUUUCGAGUCUGCUCUCUCAGGUACAGCACCCACAGAGACUGCUCUCUCAGGUACCGCACCGGCUGAGGCCUGUCACACCUUCACCCUUGACUCAGGUGCUUCCCGUUGCUUCUUUCGUGACAGUACUGAGCUCACACCGCUUCCUGCACCGGUCCCAGUCUCCUUGGCUGACCCCUCUGGGGGCCCAGUCCUUGCCCAGUCCACCACUGUCCUCCCUUGUCCGGCGGCUCCGUCUGGCUCGUUGUCGGGUUUCCACCUCCCCUCGUUCUCGACGAACCUGGUGAGCAACGCUGUCCUCCAGGAUCAGUGGGUUGACACCUUUACCCUUGGAGGACAGCGUGUGGCGAUCUGCACGUGCUCCAGGACCGGCCGUCACCUGGCUACGUUUACCCGUCGGCCGGGGUCGAGUCUCUACACACUGACCACUGCGUCUCCUCAGGUCGCUGCUGUCGGUCAGGUGUCUGCGUCAGGUCUGGUAGCCCACGCCUGUGAGUGUCGUUCCCUGUCGCACCAGACUCUUCUCUGGCACCACCGCCUGGGUCACCCCUCCUUGCCACGCCUUCGUGGCAUGCACCGUCGCCACCUUGUGUCUGGUCUUCCCAGGUCCCUCCCUCCCCUCCCUGCCUCGCCUGCGCCGCCUUGCCUUCCUUGCGUCGAGGGGCGGCAGCGCGCCGCUCCUCACUCCUCCUCGUUCCCCCCGACAGAGGCUCCUCUGGAGACCCUCCACCUGGACGUGUGGGGCCCAGCCCGCGUUCGUGGUCAGGGCGGUGAGCGGUACUUUUUGCUGGUUGUCGACGACUACUCGCGUUACACCACGGUCUUCCCCUUGCGCACCAAGGGUGAGGUCCCUGCUGUUCUGAUCCCUUGGAUCCGCACAGUUCGUCUCCAGCUCCGCCGCCGUUUCCGGACGGAUCUUCCUGUCCUGCGUCUGCACUCUGACAGAGGUGGUGAGUUCUCCUCCGAUCUCUUGAGGACCUUCUGUCAGGCGGAGGGCAUCGAGCAGACCUUCACGCUUCCGGACUCCCCACAGCAGAAUGGGGUUGCUGAGCACCGCAUUGGCCUGGUCAUGGAGGUCGCUCGUACCUCCUUGGUCCACGCGGCGGCUCCCCAUUUUCUGUGGCCGUUUGCUGUCCGGUACGCCGCGCAUCAGCUCAACCUCUGGCCCCAUGUCUCCUUGCCGGAGACCUCGCCCACACUGCGUUGGACGGGGGAGGUUGGCGAUGCGUCGCGCUUCCGGGUGUGGGGUGCUCGUGCCCUUGUCCGCGAUACGUCCGCGGACAAGCUCUCCUCCCGCACGCUUCCCUGUGUCUUCCUUGGCUUUGUCCCUGACGCGCCUGGCUGGCAGUUUUACCACCCCACCUCGCGCCGGGUCUUCGCCUCUCAGGAUGUCACCUUUGACGAGUCGGUCCCUUUUUACCGUCUCUUCCCCUACCGCACUGCCCCCCUCCCUCCCCCGCCGCUUUUCCUUGCUCCUGGUCCCCCUCCGGUAGACCCCCUUCCCCCUCAGGGUCCUGCUCCUUCAGGUGUCUCUCAGGUAGACCCUCCUCCCGUCGCUGAGCCUGUCGAGGUCACAGGUGACUCAGGUGCUGCUGCAGGUGGUACUGCUGGGAGUGCUGAGCCUGGGGGUGCUGAGCCUGCGGGUGCGGGGCCUGGGAGUGCUGGGACUGCGGGUGCUGGAGCUGAGGGUACUGUGCCUGAGAGUUUGCCGCCUGGGGGUGCUGAGCCUGGGGGUGCUGCGACUGGGGGUGCUGAGCCUGCGUGUGCGGAGUCUGGGGGUACUGAGUCUGGGGGUGCUGAGCCUGCGGGUACUGAGCCUGCGGGUACUGAGCCUGGGGGUGCUGCUACUGAGCCUACGGAGCCUCGGGUUACUGUGUCUGGGGGUGCUGAGCAGUCUCUCACACCGCAGCAGCUUCGUGACUGGUACGUCCGGCGCUUUCGCCGUCCUAGUGGCUCGGCUGGAGUUGGGGGUGCUGGGGCUGCUCGUCCUGGGGGUGCUCGUACUGGGGGUACUGGAGCUGCCGGGACUGGUUGUUCUGGGAGCACUGCGACUGGAGCUGCUGGAGCUGGGGACUCUGGCGCUGGCGGUGCUAGCGGAGUUGGAGCUGCCGACUCUGGGGGUGGCGCUGCUGCUGGUGCUGCGGACCCGCCUGGUGGAGCUGCUGCUGGAGCUGAGGACCUGAGCGGUGGUGCUGCUGCUGGUGCUGGGGACCCGGACGUUGGAGCUCCUGCUGGUCCUGAGGACCCGGCCACUGGAGUCUCUUCUGCUUCUGGAGACGCUGCGCGGCCGCGACCGUACUUCGUACCGCUCCUUCAGCAGGUUCUUGGGCAGGCUCCUCCUCCUUGUCCUCCUCCCUCCGUAGAGUGUCCUCCGCCUGUCCAGCCGCAGUCACAGUUACCGCCUGCCUCGCCUCUCCCUGCUCCCUCUCCUUAUACUGGUCCCACAGGAGGUCUUACAGAGCGUCGUGAGCUUGAGUCUCGUCCUGCGUCGCCUGUUCGUACUGCUCGCGCUGGUAGUCGUGUCCGUCGUGAGCGUCCUCCUCCUAUCCCAGGCACUCACUACAUGACUCUGCGUCCCUCUACUGCUCCUCGGCGUGUCCCUCUACCGUCUCCUCCUGCGUCCUCUUUGCCUGCCGUUCCGGACCCUGAGUCUGACCGGUAUCGCGCUGAGCACCCUACAGUCACGCGUCUCCUAGCUACUGUUGUCACUGACCCUACCUUUGAGUCCUCGGCUGCGUCUGCUCUGGUCGCUGAGUUGGUUGACUUUGCUGCUGCCUGUCGUCUAGACUACGCUGCUAGCCUUGUUGCUGAGCCUGAGUCUGCGUCUGUCUGUCCUCCGUCCGUCGGGGGUGAGUGUGCUCUUGGCACGGACGUCCUUGAGGACAGGCAGGAGGACCUUGACUCUCUUGCGGCUGCUGUACCUCAUCUCGUGGCCUGGUUACUUGCCCCUGAGGGAGACCCGGAUGCACUAGACAUCCCCACUCCGCGCACUUACGCAGAGGCGAUCUCGGGUCCCUACUCCUCUCAGUGGCAGACAGCCAUGGACGCAGAGAUGGCAUCCUGGAAGUCCACAGGCACCUACGUCGACGAGGUUCCCCCUCCUGGGGCGAACAUCGUCGAUGGCAUGUGGAUUUUCAGGGUUCUGCUGCACGUUGCUGCUCAGCGUGACUACGAGCUUCACUCUCUUGACUUCAGCACAGCGUUCCUGCAGGGCAGCCUGCACGAGGAGAUCUGGCUGCGCCGCCCACCUGGCUUUACUGGGUCGUUUCCUCCUGGUACCCAGUGGAGCCUCCGCCGGCCAGUCUACGGUCUCCGCCAGGCGCCACGAGAGUGGCACGACACACUGAGGACUACACUUGCGGCUCUUGGGUUCGCGCCGUCUACUGCUGACCCGUCGCUGUUUCUGCGCACAGACACGUCGCUGCCGCCGUUCUACAUUCUUGUGUACGUCGACGACUUGGUCUUUGCUACUGCUGACACUGAGGCACUCGCUCGUGUGAAGUCGGAGCUGCAGAAGAGACACACCUGCACUGACCUGGGUGAACUGCGUAGCUACCUUGGCUUGCAGAUCACCCGGGACAGAGCUCGCCGCACCAUCACCCUGACUCAGUCACACAUGGUGCAGCAGGUCCUUCAGCGCUUCGGCUUCCAGUUCUCCUCACCACAGGCCACACCUCUGGCUACCAGCCACUCGCUCUCAGCUCCACCUUCGGACGAGUCCGUAGAGCCGAGUGGCCCGUACCCAGAGCUUGUAGGCUGCCUCAUGUACCUGAUGACUUGCACGCGACCUGACCUCGCGUACCCUCUUAGCAUCCUUGCUCGUUACGUUGCGCCUGGGAGACACAGGCGAGAGCACUGGGAGGCGGCUAAGAGGGUGCUGCGUUACUUGUGCAGUACAUCAGGCAUGGGGCUGGUGCUUGGAGGACGCGACAGAGUUGUCCUCACUGGUCACUCGGACGCUUCUUGGGUGGACGACCUGGCUACGCAGCGGUCGUCACAGGGUUACACCUUCAGCCUUGGCUCUGGUUCUGUCUCGUGGCGGUCCACCCGCUCUUCCUCUGUUCUCGGCUCUAGUUGUGAGGCUGAGAUCUACGCCACAGCCAUGGCUGCACAGGAGUUACGCUGGCUCACCUACCUGCUGACUGACUUGGGAGAGCGGCCUAGUUCUCCUCCAGUUCUGUACGGUGACAACAAGGCGGCUCUUGCCUUGUGUCAGGAGCACAGACUGGAGCACAGGACGAAGCACAUUGCUCUUCGCUACUUUCUUGCUCGAGAGCUUCAGCAGCGCGGUCAGCUUCGGCUUGUGUACGUGGACUCGAAGGCCAACACUGCUGAUAUCUUCACCAAGGCGCUCCCGCCUAGUGAUCAUCAGCGGCACUGUACUUCUUUAGGCCUUGUGUCCACGUUUCCUCACUUGCUCACUGCUUGA